CCCUGGUAAUACGCAUAUAGCGGCGUUUGUUUAAAAAUAUUGGAACACAAAAUAUGUCUCAACAAAUUCGCGUUUUACAAUGUGUUGAGUGCAGUUUAUAUCAGGUGGAUAUAGUUAAGAAGGCAAAUAGAUGGGAAUGUAAGGUAUGCGGUGUUAAACAGGUGAUACAAAAGGAAUAUUUUCGCGGUUCCGGUGCUGAAUGCCGUGCAAAGGUGCAACAGUUAAAUCUGGAUUGUGGAGAACGCAAGGAAGCACAAGAAAAGCGGAAGAUUUUGGAGGUACACGAAGAAAUCCUAGGGGACCGUUCAUUGACAGAGCCGGGAGAUCAACUGAAAUCAUCGCACCGCUCUGGUGGCUCAAGCAAAUGGGCAGAGUACAUCGAUGAGCCGAUUGCAGGUACUUGCUCUGGCCCAAAUAGACAUAUUGACCCCAAAAAGCUAGAUGAGCAGGAGAACACUUCUUUUUACAAAAAGAAAAGCGGUUCCAAUAAGCGUAAAGCACAAACCGAUUUUGUAGCUGACACCAAAUCCUUCUCAAAGUGGCAAAACUUUCUUUAG